GUGGUAAUAUAGUUAUCCAUACACAUAUAACUAAUAUUAUUUGUUUUUGGCUGUUCUCAAGAGGAAAUAUUCUUCGUAAAAAUAAAACCCUGCUAACUCACAAAGUGUGAGUGACCACAAGCAUGAGACAGACAACAGUUGAAAUUUGAUGCAAAAAGAAGCGAGUGGGGCAAAUGGAAAGCAGAGGACUUGAUUAAUGGUAUGAAGUAGUGAUAUGGCUCUGGAUAUGGAGAGGACGGUCUCUAAAAUCAUGUUUGACUUCCAGAGGAACUCAACUUCUGAUGAUGACUCUGGCUGUGCACUAGAGGAGUACGCCUGGGUGCCACCUGGCCUCAAACCUGAACAGGUUCAUCAGUAUUACAGCUUUUUCCCAGAGGAUAAGGUUCCUUAUGUCAACAGCAUUGGUGAAAAGCAUCGGAUCAAGCAACUCCUUCAACAACUGCCACCACAUGACAAUGAGGUUCGUUACUGUACCUCACUGGAUGAAGAAGAAAAGCGUGAAUUAAAGAUCUUCAGUAACCAGCGAAAGCGAGACAAUCUAGGCAGAGGCACUGUCCGACCUCUACCCCUCACUGUAUCUGGAGCUAUAUGUGAACAGUGUGGAGACCAGAUCAACGGUGGUGACAUUGCAGUGUUUGCCUCACGGCUUGGCCAUGGCCUGUGUUGGCACCCUCACUGUUUUGUGUGCUGUUUGUGUUCUGAGCUAUUGGUAGAUCUCAUCUACUUCCACCUGGAUGGAAAGAUCUACUGUGGCCGCCACCAUGCUGAACGACUUAAGCCGCGUUGCUCAGCAUGUGAUGAGAUUAUCUUUGCAGAUGAGUGCACAGAAGCAGAGGGGCAGCACUGGCACAUGAGACAUUUCUGCUGUUAUGAGUGUGAGGCCCCACUAGGGGGUCAGCGCUACAUCAUGCGCGAGGGACAUCCUCACUGCUGCAACUGCUUUGAGUCACUUUAUGCAGAAUACUGUGACUCUUGUGGAGAUCACAUAGGUAUAGACCAAGGUCAGAUGGCAUAUGAAGGUCAACACUGGCAUGCCACUGAAGAGUGCUUCAGCUGUGCUCGCUGCAAUCAGUCUUUGCUGGGUCGUCCCUUCCUGCCGAAACAAGGUUUGAUCUACUGUUCCCGUCUCUGCAGCCAAGGGGAUGAACCUGAGUUGUCAGACUCCUCAGACUCUGCUUUCCAGAGUGCCCGUUCUCGUCAGUCACGCCACAGUGCUCAGAUUGGCAAGGAUGGGACAAAAGGCAAAGGUGAAGGUGUACGACAAUCAUCAUCUGGCCCUACACAAUUGGUCGGGGAUGCAGAGCCUCUAGCUGUUAAAAUGGAUUUGCUGAGCAUCUCCAGCCCAGCUCCCAGCCGUACACCCCAUCGCACACCAACGAGAGCCCCAAGUAGAACCCCAAGUCGGUCUCCAAGUCUGAACCGUGAGCAGUCAGUUUGGGUAAACAGGGAUUCCUAUGAGUCUCAACAAAGAGAUUCCUCCACAUCUCCAAAUCCCCAUCAGCUACGAAGCCAAUGUAGCAUGCGUAGUGCUUACCCUCCUUCUCCCAAUCAGCCACCCAAGAUAGUGAGCAGUCCAGAAUCUUGGUCCAAAGAACAACCUGGGAGUAAUUCCAAAAAGCCUCCAGUCAUGGCUGCUCUGAGGGGCCACUCUUUCAAUGAGAACUGGAUGCACCAUGGCCAGGAACCUGAAUUUCAUGCUCCUAAGCUCAAAACACAAAUGAGCUUCAAUGAAGUAUCAAGCCGUAAUUCUGGAUUUUUGGACAAACGCAGUAUAAGCAUGCAAGGCUUCCCCCGAGAGAUGCGUCCUCCGUUGCUUAGGAGCAGGCACCAAUUUGGGCCAAGCUUUGGUGAACUUACACCACUAGAACAAACACCAAGAGGUUCUGCUGACUCACUGGCCCUUUCCUACACUACAGCAGGAAACUCUUUAGAUGGGACCAACAGGCGUCAGGAGCACUUCUCUCGAUUUUCUAUGCCUGACCUGAGUAAAGACUCUAGGGUAAAUGUGUCUGAUAAAGUUACCAUGGGUACAUUAAACUCAUCAAUGCAGUUCCGCAGCACUGAAUCCCUGAGCUCUGUCCCAAGACCUCUUGCUGAUAUUGGCAUGCCUGUCAGAGUAAGGUACCCUCCUCCACUAUAUUGGGAUUCACCUAGAGGUCUAAGUUUUGAGGAUCCAGUCAAAGGUCACAUUGGUCUUGCAGGAAGCAUGUCCUGUAUGCAGGAAGGUAAUGCCCAAGCAAUGACACCACGGCCAAGACGCACUCAGACACAAGACUCACCCAGACAGCAGCGCCAACGUCAACAUCACCACCGCAAAGGCCACAAAGGUCACAAAUAUCACUACCGCUCCCGCCGCUCUCGGUCAGACAAUGCCCUGCAUUUAGCCACAGACAAUCAGAGUUUCCCUGGGGACCCCAUUCAUAGAUUUCACAAUGACUUUGAGCGACCAUCCGCGUCAAGAGUGUCUCACAAUCUCUUUGGAGCAAAUUAUGGGUAUCGACAACAAUUCUUUAGGCCUUGUCCUCGAACCACCUCUGACCUCACCUUGCAGGAUCCUGGAGGUCCACAGAUUGGACAGUAUAUGGGUAGGUAUGGAGAAACAGUUGAGGAUGAAGAUCAGUUUUGCUCAACCUGUUCCUCUUCGUCAGAGGUGUCAGAGGAUGAUGGUUACCUUCUGGGUGAAGUCAUUCCACGACCAGUGCAGCUGCGAUACUUUGACAACGAGGAAUUGCGACAUCGUUAUAGUCCUACAGUGAUGGGUGGUCACACUCAACUACAUACACGCAAACGGCGGAAGAGCAAGAACUGCAUCAUAUCAUAAGCAAAUGGUAAUGGGAAGUGAAGACUCAGUGGGCACUUAACAUUCAGAAUUUGCAUAUGGAUUUUUAACUUGCGCUGAAAUGUCUUAAAUCGUUGUUCAGUUGCGUUAUUCUUGAAAUGAAUUUGGGAUUACUGGUCAGAAUAUACCAUUAACUCAAAAAAUCUAAUUACAACUAUUGUCUUAUCUGUUUUCAGAUUUUUUGGUUGCGAUUCUGGUUCUAGUCAAGGGUACAUUCUCUCUUUUCUUUUUUCCCCCUUAAUUUUUGGUAUGAUUUUGUGGCAAUACGGUUUACCAUAAUCCCCAUGCUGCUUACUGUUAAUUGUUAUAAAUAGUUUCCUAGUAUGCGCUCUUCAUGGUUUUCAACUUGUUUUAUUAAUGUUGUUUUAAAAUUAAACUUUUUAAAAAUGUUUAUCAUUUUGCUGGGCAAUGUUGGUUAUGGUUUUAAAUGCAAUAUUUUGUCUUUUCCAAAGUCAUUUAAAUACCAUUUACAAAUAAUAUCUUAAAAUUAAUUGUUUUCCUAAUAAUAAAAACUAUAUAUAAAAAUAAUGUAGUAUUGUAAAAGUUCUGUAAAUAUUGUCUUAAAUAUUUCUAUAUUUUGUAUCCUCAGAUGCAUUAUUUGUAUCAUAUUGUAGAGUGUAGAAUUUUAUGGUGACUGCAUGUGUAUCCCCAGUUCAUGUCUUGUAUGUGAAUUAAAUAACU